AUGGGUAUAGAUGGUUUGAAUACUUUUAUACGAAAAGAGUUCAAGGUUACACGUGAAUGGAAUAAUAAUAAUGAUAAUAACUUUAGAGGAGGUGGUGGUGGAGGUCAACAACCACAACAACAACAGUCACAACAACCACUUAGAGCUACUCAUUUAUACUUUGAUUUAAACAAUAUAUUACAUGUUUGUUCAAGAAAGUGUAAAUCUAAAAAAUUAUUCUUUAAAAAGUUACAUGCUGCACUUAGAAGACAUUUAGUGUUUUUUAAAACGACCGAUACUAUAUUUUAUGCAAUCGAUGGACCAGGUCCACAUUCUAAACUACUAGAACAGAGAAAGAGAAGAUGGGAUUCUGCACUUAAAACUGUUAGAAGUAAUCAUGAAUAUGUAGCAAGUGAUGAUGAAGACGGAGACGAUGAAGAUACUGAUCAUCAAAAGGGAGGAGGAGAAGAUCAAGAUGAGCUCGAUGAAGAAUUGGAAGAUUUUGAUGAUGAAGAUGAUGAAGAUGAUUUAUAUUUAGAUGAAGAUGCUAUUAUGCCAGACAAGGCUGAUACGGAUGCAUUAUCAUCGUCAUCAGAUGAUGAAAAGAUAGUUUAUCAAAAUAAUGAUUAUGAAGGAAGAGGAGGAGCUGCAACAUCAUCAACCACUACUACUACAACUACUACGUCGACAACUCCACCAUCCAUUUCAAUUCCUCUUAAAAUAUUGGCAGAAGAUGACUUUGAAUCAGUCAUGUUGACUCCAGGUUCAUCGGUUAUGGAACAAUUAAAACAAGAAUUAAUGGAUUUCUCAAAAGAAUCAAUUAAAAAGAGUUUUCAUCCGAGAUCAAUUGUUAUUUCACCAGCAAAUACAAAAGGUGAAGGAGAAUGGAAAAUUUAUCAUCAUAUUAAUCAUCAUUUGGAUAAAACUAAUCCAAAUCAAACAGUUGUAGUAUUUUCAUCAGAUUCUGAUUUGGUUUUAUAUGCAUUAUUAUCACAAGUUAGAACAUUACUUGUUAAUCAUGAAAAAGGAAGAUAUACAUAUAUUGAUAGUUUUGAAUUAAGAGCUGAAAUUGCAAAAACAUGUCCAACAAAGGAUCCAGAACAAGUAGUAUUGGAUUUUGUCAUGUUGUGUUUGUGUAGUGGUUCAGAUUAUUUGCCAAAGUUUGGAGGAUUUAUAUUUGCAACUGCUUGGAAACAAUAUUGUAGAGACAAGUCUAAUCAAAAACUCUAUGAUGGCCAAAAGAAUUCUUACAAUUGGAAGUUUAUGCAAAGUAUUGUCGGUGAUCAUAUGCGUACAUUUGCACCAAAGACUGAGAGUCCAGUCUCUAAAUUCAAUACUGCCGUCUCAAUGAUACGAUCGUGUAUCAAGAGUUUGGAACUCCCCGUCUUUACAGUCACUUGUAACACUCCAGAGAAAACAACCAUUCAAAUGACAUUUGAUGGCAAGGAAUAUACAUCGACAACAUCCAACCAGAGAGAAUCUAAAACCAACCUCGUUGCACCAUUCCUUGACAUUGGCCACGACUUUUGGAAAAAGUAUCUCAAACAAAUACCAGAGAUUCACAAGAACCGUAUCGAAAAUGUUUUAUGUGUCGAUCCUACUGCGUCGGUCACCGAACAACGUUACAGCAACAAUGAAGAAAAGAAUGUACAAGCACUACUAAAGUACUUUGAAGUGGUUACUUGGAAUCUUCACUACCUCAAGACAGAAUCACAAAACUACAGUUGCUACUAUUCACUUCGUCGAGCUCCUACCAUCCUCGACCUCAAGUGUAUCAAGGAUAAAUCAGUUCAACCUCAAACUGAUCUAACUAAUCAUAAUCCUUUACCACCUUUACAAUUUUGUGUUGCUUUAUCAAAUUCUUUGACAAAACAUACAGUACCAACAAUAUUCCAUUCAUUGUAUGAUUCAAUUCCACAUUUUGAUUAUAAAAACAAACAGAUUUGGUUCAAUGAUGACUCGGUUCAUACUCUAUUAAAACAUAUCAAUGAUACAAUCGAAACUGAAAAGGCACAACUCACACCCCAACAACUAGAGCAAUUAAACUUUAGUCCAAGUGUAGUAUUAACAAGAUCAAGAGAUAAUAGAUCAAUGGCAGAAAGUCUAGACGUCGAUUUAUAUGAUUUAUCAUCAGACUCUAAACUUUUAAGUAAACAUUCGGAACCAAGAUAUCAUCCAUAUAAUUCAAAACCAAGACAUCAUAAUCAAAAUCAAAAUUAUAAUAAUAAUAAUAAUAGAUAUAAUAAUAAUAAUAAUAAUAAUAAUAAUAAUAAUAAUAACUAUAAUAAUAAUAAUUAUAAUAACUAUAACAGCAACAAUUAUAACAAUAAUAAUAAUAAUUAUAACAAUAAUAAUAAUAAUUUUAACAAUAAUAAUUAUAAUAACUAUAAUAAUAAUAAUGGUCAUUAUCAAAAUCAAAUUCAAAAACAAAAUCAUUAUCAACAAUUAUUCCAAGGAAAUAAUCCAAUAGUAAAUAAUCAAAAACAAUAUCCAUCCUUUUCGAAUCAAUUCUCCCAACAACAAGGAACUGUCAACAAGUAUUUAGAAAAUCAACAAAAACAACAAUCCCUAGUACAACCACAACAACCAAUAGUACAACCACAACCUCAACAGCCAAUAGUACAACAACCCCAACAACCUCAACAACAAAAUAGUAGUAGACCACCUCAUUCAAAUAACUACAGAGGUGGAGGUGGCAACCAUAGAGGAAGAGGUGGUGCAAGAAGAAAUAAUAACCUUAAAACUGUGGAAUAA